AUGAACAACGAGGAGGAGGAGAACGAGCGAGGAGGAGGUGGUGGUGGUGGUGGUGGUGGUCGAGGAGGGUCUCACAUUCAUCUCUGGCAGUUCCUUAAGGAGCUUCUUACGGAUCAAACACAUUAUGGAUCAUGCAUUCGCUGGUUGGAUCGAGGGAAAGGGGUCUUCAAGAUUGAGGAUUCCGUCCGAGUUGCUCGUCUCUGGGGCAAGAGGAAGAAGAGACCCGCCAUGAACUACGACAAGCUCUCUCGCUCCAUCCGACAAUAUUACAAGAAGGGAAUCAUGAAAAAGACGGAGAGGUCUCAACGCCUUAUUGAUUCAAAGCGACCUGGCAUUAUAGUUCUGCACAAGGUCAAGAAAAGGAACUGUGAGAUUGUUCGAGCCCUCACUGGGCUGGGUGUCAGCAAGCAUCUGGUGUCAAAGACAAUCAAACGGUACAAGGAGACUCUCGGCUACGACAGGCAAAGAUCGGGCCGAUCAUGCACUGCUGUUACAUCCAGAAACAUUACAAUUGUCAGGGAGAGGCUUCGACGUAAUCCAAGGAGGUUGGGCCAAAAGUGCAGACCCAAUAUUGCCCAGAGUCUAACUGAAACAAUGAAGAUACCUUUACGGAAGCUGUGA